AUGGGUGAUUGUUCUAAUGGUCCUUCCAUUGGGGGUUCUGAUACAGAUCGAGAAGGCAUUGUCACUACUGAAAGUGGCAAAUUGAAGAAAGCUGCUUCACAGCAGGAGCCACUCAUUACAUCUACCAUAACCAAGGGACCUAUCAAGGCCAACUUGGAAAAGGGGAGAAGUGGUCCGCGUGGUGGUAAGGAUUUUGGUUCUGUAGGUGGUGACAUUCGUACACCUUGGAACCAAAUUUUGAGCUCUGGCAAAUCCUCUAAUACAGCAGAACAAAUGAAGCUCAGAUAUAUUGAGCCUAUCAAACGUGAUUCCAGGAUUAUUGUAUAA